AUGGAUUCCAUUGCACCCCCACCAUGUCCAUUCUGCAACAUUGCCUCGUCUUACCCCCCAACCCCUUUCAAAGACCCAGGGUCCGAUCCAACCCCGAAAGACCCAGACUCAGGACCAUUGUCUCAUCUGAUUCUCUCCACGGAAUAUGUCCUCGCCUUCUUGGACAUUAUGCCGCUCACCCGCGGACAUAUCUUGGUAGCGCCGAGAAAACAUUACAAAACGCUAGGCGAUAUGAGCGUCCAAGCUGGACAGGAGAUCGGCAAGUGGCUUCCGAUUCUUUCAAGGGUUGUAACGAAGACCGUAUUCGGGGAUGAUCCCGAUAGACAUUGGAAUGUGGUCCAGAACAAUGGCGAAAGAGCGGCACAGGUUGUGCCCCACGUCCAUUUCCAUAUCAUCCCACGCCCUGCUACAGGGGCUAACCAGAGAACAAGCUUUGCUAUGUUCGGCCGUGGUCAGAGAGAAGAACUUGAUGAUGAUGAAGCCGAGGUGUUAGCUCGGGAGCUAAGACUUGAGAUAGUUGAGGAAGUCAAGCGGAUUCAGAGGGAUGAAGGUGUGGACUUGGCAGCAUGUCUGGUUUCAGAUGCGAGUCAACGAGGGAAGCUGUGA